GGUUAUAGUCAAACCGUUUCAUACAACUUAAUCUUUACUAAAGAAAUCUUAAAACAAGUUUAUUUAAAAGAAAACUUAAAUCCACCUAACCUAAAUCAAAUCCAAACUGCUUAUCUUCAAUGGUUUAAAAACUCUAGUUCUUUACAGUUUUGGAAAUCUUUAAUCGAAUCAGGUGAAUGGAAACGGUAUGGGAUUUAUACUUUAGAAGCUAUUGGGAUCUUUAGUAUUGGUGAAAUGAUCGGUCGUCGUCAUAUUGUUGAGUGUUUUUUUACGUUAUUUAGACGAGUUAUAUAA